GGCGGCUGCGAGCCAGGCUGCUCCGCGUCGCCGCUGCUCCGGGGCGGGCCAUGGCGGUGAACCUGAGCCGCAACGGGCCGGCGCUGCAGGAGGCCUACGUGCGGGUGGUCACCGAGAAGUCCCCGACCGACUGACCUGUCUGCUGCCACCCUGCUCUUCCACUGACCUGGCUCAUCUACAGAAGUACCUUCUGAGGGUCCAGAGCCCCUCUUUCCUCUCACCGUACCCAUUUGCCCAUGCCAGUGCCCCUUCACCUACCUCAAGCUGCUGCAGUCCUGCAGGGUGUGCCACUCAAGUUACAAGAGCCUCCACCCUCAUUGUCACAGCCAUUCUGGGAGGUUACUCAGGAUUGUGUGUCAGGUCCCCACUUGUAAGCUGAAAAAAAUAACUCAGCCAUCUCACUGUCCUGCCCAUCACUACAGUGGCUUCCUGUUGCCCUGUGAGUAAAAGCCAGACUCCCGCAGGACCCUCUUCCUCAAACUUGUAAGCUAGUUCCUCAUGGGGAACUGAUAAGCCCUCCCCACUUGCUUUCUCUGCUUGGAGCACUCUUCCACGGGCUCUCUUUACCUAUGAAGGCAACAGCAAUGAUAUCCGUGUGGCUGGCACAGGGGAGGGUGGCCUGGAGGAACUGGUGGAGGAGCUCAACAGCGGGAAGGUGAUGUAUGCAUUCUGCAGAGUGAAGGACCCCAACUCUGGCCUGCCUAAGUUUGUCCUCAUCAACUGGACAGGUGAGGGAGUAAAUGAUGUCCGGAAGGGAGCCUGCGCCAACCACGUCAGCACCAUGGCCAACUUCCUGAAGGGGGCCCAUGUGACUAUUAAUGCACGGGCUGAAGAGGAUGUUGAGCCCGAGUGCAUCAUGCAAAAGGUUGCCAAAGCUUCUGGAGCCAACUACAGCUUCCACAAGGAGAGUGGCCGCUUCCAGGAUGCAGGACCCCAAGCCCCAGUGGGUUCUGUGUACCAGAAGACCAAUGCCAUCUCAGAGAUCAAGAGAGUUGGCAAAGAUAGUUUCUGGGCCAAAGCUGAGAAAGAGGAGGAGAACCGGCGGCUGGAGGAGAAGCGACGGGCUGAAGAGGAACAGCGACGACUGGAAGAGGAGCGCCGAGAGCGGGAGCUGCGAGAGGCUGCCCGCCGGGAGCAGCGCUACCAGGAGCAACAUGGCAAGGCCGGCCCUCUGAGCAGUACGUGUGAGCAGCAGCAAGAAGCAGUUUCCAGGCACAGACAGGAAUGGGAGUCUGCUGGUCAACAGGCCAUAAACCCACGGGAGAUCUUCAAGCAGAAGGAGAGGGCCAUGUCCACCACUUCUGUCUCCAGCCCUCAGCCAGGCAAGCUGAGGAACCCCCUCCUGCAGGAGCAGCCCGCCCAACAAGAGACGUCGUUUGACAGAGGGCCAACCCCCACCAUCUCAAAGCCCGGGGAAGGUGUCUGUGAGGAGCCAGUGCUCAGCACGCCAACACGGGCAGAAGAAGAAGCCACCUAUGAAGUGCCCCCAGAGCAGGAGAACUUCUAUGAGGAGCCCCCACUGGUGCAGCAACAAGGUGGUGGCUCUGAACACAUUGACCACUACAUGCAGGGCCAGGGGCUUAGUGGGCAAGGACUGUGUGCCCGGGCCUUGUACGAUUACCAAGCAGCUGAUGACACAGAGAUCUCCUUUGAUCCUGAGAACCUCAUCACUGGCAUCGAGGUGAUUGAUGAAGGCUGGUGGCGUGGCUACGGGCCUGAUGGCCACUUUGGCAUGUUCCCUGCCAACUACGUGGAGCUUAUAGAGUGAGGCGAGGGCCUGUCUUCUCCCCACCCAGAAGCAGUUUCCUUAUUACUGGAAGAGGAGGCCCAAAAGUUAAUAUUUGGGACCCCAUUAGGACAAGGUCUCAUGGCUCCCUCUGGCUUGGGUGGCUCCACCUCACCCCAGAUGCAGCAAUAACCCAGUGACCCCUAAAAUGCUUCCUGAAGCUUCUAGGCCCCCCACCAGCCUGCCUCUUGACUUCAGUGGGAUUUUGAGCCAGCUUCACCUGUGGCCAACCCUGGAUGACCUCUGCCCAAGGACAGUGGCCACCAGUAAGCUGGGAGGCUCUGAGCAGGGACACCUGGAGGCCGCCUUCUGCAUUUGCCUUUUUUCCCUCUCUCUGGCUUCUGAGGUGUGGUGGCUGCAGGUGUUUAGAUUGGCCCUUGGGAAUCAUGAACUUGAAGAAUUUCUUUUCGCAGAGACCAAAGUCAGAGUAGACAGUGACAGUUUUGACAACAGGGACUAGAGGCUUUGCUGCCUCAUCUGUUUCUCUCCCCCUGUGUCUGUGCUAUGGAAAGAAGGGGUGGGAUGACCAGACUCCUGUCUCUGGAUAUGUGAAAAGUCAAAGACACCAUGUGUCCUUCGUGUUGA